AUGGGAUUCAACUUCAAGGGACUGACCAGCAGUGCUAUCCUCUCUGCAAACACUUCUCCCAACACUGACAACAGGGAUAUUGCCGAUGUCCCAGCUUCUGUUCAGGGUCAUACCAGUAUGGAGGCUGCUCGUCCUGACGAGAAGCUGGGUACUCCAAGGGGAUCUUCGCUAAGCCAGAAUUCCGACGAGGAAUUGAACAAGGUCGACACCACUGCUGAACAGGGUGUACAGGCAGUUCAGGCUGCCUCCCUCAUAUGGAAGAAGAGGGACUUGAUCCUCGCAUACAUCUUCAUGUGGCUCAUCCAAUUCUUCACUGCCUAUGUAUCCAGCACUUCGAGCACCCUCUCGCCUUACGUCACUAGCAGCUUCAACCAACACUCCUUGACAGCCUUGACCACUGUCAUUUCAUCCAUUGUCAGCGGUAUCUGGAAGCUCCCCUACGCUAAGGUCCUCAACAUCUGGGGCCGACCCUUCGGUCUAUCCCUAGGUGUCUUCAUCUACGUAAUCGGACUUAUCCUAAUGGCAAGCUGCAACAACGUCAAAGCCUACUGCGCUGCGCAGACCUUCUUCUACGUCGGCUCCAACAGCAUCAACUUCUUCAUCACCGUCUUCAUCGCCGACACCUCCAAGCUGAAGAACCGAGGUCUCUUCAUCUCGUACGCUUCCUCUCCUUGGCUCAUCACCACUUGGGUCUACGGAUACGGUAUCAACGGUAUCACUGCUAACGGCGGUAUUGGAUGGCGCUGGGCCUUUGGCAUCUUCGCCAUUCUCGCCCCUAUCGUCGUGUCCCCUCUUAUCGUUCUCUUCGUAAUCUACGAGGGAAAAGCACGUCGCCAAGGCCUCAUCACUCCUCGCCCAAGCCGUGGCAACUUCACUCAAACUGUACACUACUACCUACGUGAAUUCGAUGCCGUCGGUCUCUUAAUCCUAGCAGCCGGGCUCUCGCUCUUCCUCCUAGCCUUCAACAUAUACUCGUAUCAGGCUGAAGGCUGGAAGUCACCCUUGAUCAUCUGCUUCAUCAUCUUCGGAGCGCUACUUGUUGUUGCCUUUGGCAUGUGGGAAAAGUACGGCGCUACAGUCACGUUUAUACCAUGGCCGCUGCUCAAGAACCGUACCGUCAUCUUCACAUACAUAAUGGCUGGUUCGCUGUACAUUGGCUGGUACUGCUGGGACUCGUACUUUUACUCGCUACUUGUCGUUCUCUUCAACCAGACUGAAGUCCACGCUACCUGGAUUGCGAAUAUCUACACAAUGGGCAGCUGCUUCAUCUGCAUUCUGUACGGUGUGGCGCUGAGGUACUACGGAAAAUUGAAGAUUUACUCCAUGUUCUUUGGUGUGCCCUUGACUAUGCUGGGUGUCGGUCUGAUGAUCAAGUUCCGCCAGCCUGACGAGAACAUCGGGUACAUUGUCAUGUGCAUGAUCUUCAUUGCCUUUGGUGGCGGUGUGUUGGUUAUCUCGGAACAGACAACGCUUAUGGCUGUCUCCAAGCAACAGGAUUUCCCUGCUCUCCUUGCUGUCGAGGCAAUGAUCAUCGCGAUUGGAAGCGCCAUUGGAUCUACCAUUGCCGGCGCAAUCUGGACCGGUGUCUUCCCUGUUCGUCUCCAGGCCAAUCUACCCGCAGAUGCCAUGAAGGACUUCAAGAACAUCUACGGCGACAUGAAGGUUCAGGCUAGUUACCCGGUUGGCAGCCCGACUCGCGAUGCUAUCAACCUCAGCUACGGCCAGACACAACGGUACAUGCUUAUUGCGGCCGUGUGCGUCUACUGCAUUACUCUCUUUAGCACUGCCCUAUGGGAGAACGUCGAUGUGAGGAAGAUGAAGCAACGAACUAUUGGUCUGUUGUAA